GCCAUCGUUGCCAGCCAACUAUUGGUAUUGGUAAACAAUACUACUACUACUACUACUAUUACGACAGUUCUGGGAAUUUAAUAUCAGUUUUGCCCUUGAACGAUUAUCCAGUCUUUUUGACUAAGAUUGUUGUGCCCUGAACCAAAAUCGGCAGCUCAUGACUUCAUAUUUGUGUUCUUAUCAUCUUGAUGCAGUCCCCCAGCCUUAUCGAUGGAAAGCUACCCAUUUUCAGCUUUCCAUCAUCUUUGACUUUUUAUGCUGAUGAUCAGUCUUCUCAUAAGCAAAUUCUCACACUCUACAAUCCCUAUGAUUUUCCCUUAAAGUUCAGAGGUAUAUGUCUUAUUUUUUUCCUUUUAAAUUUUCUUAAGCUUGCAGACGACAAUGUGUCUAAUGUUGACAUGUUGCCCGAAGUAGACGACGAGUACUGGCAGUUGUCUGAUCUUUCUUGUCAGAGAAUUGGAGAUGGUUGCUGCAAGCCAUUUGCCUUCCCUUGUGUCAGCAGCUUAAAAGAGAGGAUGAGAUAUGACUAUUUUACUAGAACUUUAAACAAUACAUAUUUCCUAUUGACUAGUGUAAUUCGUCAUAAUGGUAUCACUCAGAGCAACUGUGGUAUCACUGACAAGUUCAGAAUUCAGGUGCAGGAACAUGGACAACGUCAAGUUCUGGGAAAGAAAGAUAUUCCAGCCACAGUGCUUCUGUCCAAACCUGACAAUAGUGCUUCUUCCACUGUAGAGUCAGAACAGUUUGAACAACUGUCAAAACAGUCUUUGCCACUGAUGCAAGCUAGACAGUAUGCUAUUAAUGGAGCACAAGGAAGAAGUAACUCGGGACCGAGUGUAGUUGUAAUAUUAGCUGCCAUUGUUUGUAUAUUAGCCUUGAUUUUACCAACCAGAGGAGAUCCAGAAGGAUUCCUUCCUGUUUAUCUUCAUCUUAGUAUGCACCAAAAACUUAUUGCUGCCUAUACCCUAGGACUCGUAACGAUGGUGAUCUUCCGGACUUGAUGCAUGCCUUUGCUUAGAUCAUAAACAGAAAGCCUGAGUAAUUCUUUGUAUGAUACAUUAAUGGAGAGAAUGGCUUCUCUGAUGUUCUCAGAGUAGCUUCUAGUACGUGAUAAUUAUUAAAAAUAAAAACUAUGUUUUAAGGUAAAUGUAACAUGGAAAUUUUGCUAUCUUCAUAUCAGCUGUUGUAUACUGUACAGUCUUGCUUGAUACUGAUUUGUAAUAUUGUGUGUGACUGUAUUUUAUCAUUGUAUAUACAGGAUGAAUUUUGUUUCAAUAGUUUUAUUUUGAAUACCUUUAGUAUUGUUGUAGUAGUAAAAGGUGUUUCCUAAUCUUUA